AUGCAGGAAAAACGCUUUUUCUUUUUCUUUUUACUUCUGGCUAUGACAACAAACUGGAUAGUAAAUGGGCAAAACAGAAAGAAAGGAAAGAAUACUUACUCUCCUGUUCAAAAAGAUGAAGAUGCUGUGUGUCUCAUUGAUAUAGUCUUUAUCUUCGACAGUUCAGAAAGUGCCAAAAAUCAGUUGUUUGAUUUACAGAAGAAUUUUGUUCAAAACAUAACUGACAGCCUUUUCCAGAUGAAGCCAGUUAAGUCUCAGAUCUAUAAUGUCAGACUGGCAGGUAUGCAGUUCAGCAGCACAGUCAGUAUUGAUCAUCCCUUUACAGCCUGGAAAAAUGUCCAGAAUUUUAAAGAGAAAAUUAAUUCUCUGGGCCUUAUUGGCCAUGGCACUUACUCCUAUUAUGCAGUUUCCAAUGCCACUCAGAUGUUUAAAACUGAAGGUCGUAAGAGAAGUGUGAAAGUGGCUUUUUUGAUGACUGAUGGUGUGGAUCAUCCAAACAGCCCUAAUGUCCAGAGUAUAGCCACAGCAGCUAGAAGUCUUGGAAUACAUUUUUUUACCAUUGGCCUCUCUAAGAAAACAGUCCAAGAAUUAAAAUUGCGCACAAUAUCUGGUGAUUCGUCCUCUAAACCUGUCUUGUGCCUGGAUGAUGAGAACCUGGUAGCUGAUAUUGCACUGGAACUGGAAGCCUUGCUACAGAAGCAGUGUGUGCGGAAGAACUGUGAGUGUGAAAAGGGAGUAAAAGGAGACAAAGGUGACUCUGGCAGUGGUAGCAAAGGGGAAAAAGGUGAGCCAGGACCAAAAGGAAACAAGGGCGAUACUCAAAAAGGAGAUCCUGGAGAAAAAGGUGAAGAGGGAGCUCAUGGCUUCAAAGGAGAUAAGGGUGACAGAGGAGAGUGUGGAACCCCAGGAAUAAAAGGAGAAAGAGGUUUGGAAGGUCCUUCAGGCCCUAGGGGACUUCGGGGACCUCAGGGUAUCAGUGGACCUCCAGGCGAGCCAGGCCCUAAAGGCAUUCAAGGAAGAAAGGGAGAACAAGGCCCUCCAGGUCCCUCUGGUCCUCCAGGACUCCUUGGCAUUGGAGAACCAGGACCCAAGGGCGCUCCAGGUCAAGAAGGUAAAAUUGGAUUGCCAGGACCUCCUGGAAUUGGUGAGCCAGGAUUACCUGGACCACCAGGCCCCAUUGGUUUACCAGGUGAGAGAGGUCUGCCAGGAGAGGGCAUUCAAGGCCAAAAGGGUGAAAAAGGAUCUGAAGGUGUAGCUGGUCCUCGUGGACUGAAAGGUGAACCAGUCAAAGGUGACAAGGGUGAACAAGGCCAAGUAGGACCACAGGGCCCACCAGGACCACCAGGAAUAGGCAAUCCAGGAAUCCGGGGUAUACAGGGUCCACGAGGAAACCCUGGGGCAAAAGGAUCUCAAGGUUUUGGUAAUCCAGGUCCAAAGGGUCAGCCAGGUGAACGUGGGCAAAAAGGAGAACCGGGACUUUCAGUAACUGGCAUGCCAGGACCUAAAGGAGAUACAGGUCUACCAGGACCCAAAGGAGAGACAGGGAUGAAGGGAGAUCCUGGGCAGUCAGGGAAAAAGGGGGAAAAGGGAGAUCAAGGUCCAAGAGGCCCAGAAGGACCCCCUGGCAGAGGAGAUGUAGGUCAAAAGGGUGACCCUGGAGAAAAAGGAUCCCAAGGACUGAUUGGUCAUAAAGGUCUACGAGGCCCAGUUGGACCAAAAGGUGAACCAGGAGAGAGAGGAGCCCCUGGACCAGCUGGAUCAUCUAUUCAGGGACCUGCUGGACCAAAGGGGGAUCCAGGACCCAAGGGGUCACGGGGAGAUGAUGGACUUCCUGGAAAUUCAAUAAUGGGACCAAUGGGGAACCCAGGACUACCUGGACCACCCGGACCCCCUGGAGCAAAAGGUGAUGGUCACAAAGGUGAAGCUGGACCUCCAGGACCAGCAGGACCUCCAGGACCAGCAGGCCCAAAAGGCGUGGGAGAUGCUGGACCAAAGGGAGACCGUGGAAUUAGAGGCUAUCCAGGGCCCCCGGGGCCACCAGGAAUCGGAACCAUUGGUCCCAAGGGUAUUAUGGGACAGAAAGGCUUGCCUGGUCCACCUGGACUCCCUGGCAACAGCAUACAAGGAAGCAAGGGAGAAAAAGGAAAUCAAGGUUUUCAAGGACAGAAGGGAUCAAUAGGAAUUGGCCUUCCUGGACCAAAGGGAGACUACGGAGAUAAAGGUGAUCCAGGGAGCAAAGGAGCCAAAGGAGAAAUUGGAGAUCCAGGACCUCCAGGACCAAAGGGAACUUGGGGAAGAAAAGGUGAACCUGGUCUUACGAGAGAAGAAGUUAUCAGACUUAUCAGUGAAAUAUGUGGUUGUGGUAUCAAAUGUAAAGUAACACCAUUGGAACUAGUAUUUGUCAUUGACAGUUCAGAAAGUGUUGGACCAGAUAACUUCAAAAUUAUCAAAACCUUUACGAAAACAUUCAUUGACAAGGUAUCAGCCAACCAUGCUACAACCCGCAUUGGCAUUAUCAACUUCAGCCAUAAAGUCGACUUGGUGUCUUCUCUGAAGCAAUACACGACCAAAGAAUACCUGAAAUCAGCUGUUGACAAAAUGCCCUACUUAGGAGAAGGCACAUACACAGCUUCUGCGAUCCAAGAAGCCAUUCAGUUGUUUCAGGCAGCGCGCCCGGCAGUGAGGAAAGUGGCUGUUGUAAUAACAGACGGACAAGCAGACACCCGGGAUAAAAUACAACUGGAUAACGUAGUAAGAGAGGCCCACGCUAUGAAUAUUGAGGUAUUUGUCAUUGGGAUUGUUCAAAGGACUGACUCUCAUUUUGAUGACUUUCUGAAAGAAAUGCAGCUCAUUGCAACAGACCCUGAUGAGGAACAUGUUUACCAGAUAGAUGACUUCGUAACACUUUCAGCACUUGAAAAUAAACUGAUCACAAAAAUCUGUGAGAAUGAGUCUGCAGACUACAGAAAAUUUAAUAUUUCAUCUCCAUCUCCAAGUCUGGAAUCUCGAAUUGCCAGUGAAGGUACUAAUAGCCAGUUAUCUAAAAUGACCACUUCAGAGACUGAUAUGCUUCCUACAGAAGGAACUCCUACAAAUAGUCCACCACAGUCCAGAUAUACUGAGCCACUGCGAUCUGCUGAGGACCACAGCAUGACCAGCUCUGCUCACAAAGAAUCAAUACUUCCCACAGUUUAUGACAUUUCUGAAACCAGACCUGUGCAUCCAGCUGUGAAUCCUUCCUUCACAGGAACUGCUACUGAAGAUCUCCAGCCAACUGUGUUGCAAACACAGGUAGCAACAAUCCAGAAAGAUCCAAGGUGCUUGGAACCUAUGAAACCAGGGGAUUGUCGGGACUAUGUGGUGAAAUGGUACUAUGACAGGAAUGGCAAUUCUUGUGGCCAGUUCUGGUAUGGAGGUUGUAAUGGUACCAACAAUAGAUUUGAAACAGAAAAAGAAUGUCGAGAAACCUGCGCUGACUGAUGAAUAACAAUGACUGCUGUUGGAAGCCUUUAAAGCUGGAAGUUCAUGUGUACUGAAGAAGAACUGACUGAGAAAAAUCCAAAAUAAUG